GAGAUGAAAGUUGUUCGUCAACGAGACUAGGUCUCAGGAAUUAGGGUUUCGGAUGGCUGGGGGGGUUUUGAUGCAGACGACGCGCACUUCGUAGUCCUCUUUCGGUGCCGCUCUCUUCUCAGCACUGUUUUUCUGCUGCCAUGUCGAAGCGCGGUAGAGGAGGCUCCUCCGGGAACAAGUUUCGGAUGUCCCUUGGUCUUCCAGUGGGCGCCGUGGUGAAUUGCGCAGACAACACAGGUGCGAAAAAUCUGUAUGUCAUCUCCGUGAAGGGAGUGAAAGGGCGUCUGAAUAGACUGCCCGCCGCUGCCGUCGGAGACAUGGUUAUGGCUACAGUGAAGAAAGGGAAGCCUGACCUGCGUAAGAAGGUUAUGCCUGCUGUAAUUGUUCGCCAGCGCAAGCCAUGGAGGCGUAAAGACGGAGUUUUCAUGUACUUUGAAGAUAAUGCUGGCGUGAUCGUGAACCCCAAGGGAGAAAUGAAGGGGUCCGCUAUUACUGGACCAAUUGGGAAGGAAUGCGCAGAUUUGUGGCCCAGGAUUGCUAGUGCCGCCAACGCCAUUGUUUGAAGGUUUACUUCGAGAGUAUAGUGUUCUUGAAUAUCUGGGUUGCAAUUGAAGGGCAAAAUUUUUGUGAAAUAAAAUGGAUCUUUCAUGCAUUUCCACGUAA